UUGUUCCUGAGUAAAGUGCGGCUGCUGUAAGAGGGAAUAAUACGGAGAUGGGGAGGUUAAUUGUUGCAGGUUGUAAUUGAAUGGGAGAAAGAAGAUGAGAGGCCGUAACUGAAGAUUGAAUCUGUGAUGGCUUGGGUUUCCUUGAAUCGGUAUUCAGAUUAAGAACAGAGAGCAGCGGAGAGAGAUAAGAUCGAGAUAGGCAGAGAAAGAAAUUCAGGGAAGAUGCAGAUGUUGUUGCUGUUGAUAUAUCAGAGACAGUGAUGGGUUUGUGAUGAAGGUGAGAAUGAAGCAGAAAUUAGGCUCGAGUUUGUGGAGUUUUGAAUGAACUGAAACGGGGAUCCGGUGGAAUUUAAGGUUUGAGAUUGGAUUGGAUUUUGAAUUGGUGAUGGCUUGUUUCUGAACUUGGUUGUUGCAGCUGGCAAGAUGGAAGGAGAUAAUGGUACUGUAACUGACUUUGGUGAACAGAUGCAUUGGUGGUAUAAUUGGAGUUGUUGUGUGUCAAAACAAAAACAAAAAACAUAAUUGGAGUUGUUGCAACAGGGAAGAAGAGUUGAAUGUUGCUGCUGUUGUUUGGUGAUUUGAGUUGUGUUGGCUGAGAUGAAUACCAAUGGGUCUUGUGGUGUUGAGUUUGCUGGAUUGAAUUGAGAAGAUACAUUGGUUUGUUGGUGGUAUAUGUCAAUGCAGGGAAUGAAUGAAAUCUGUAUGUUUGAUUGAAUUAAAUGUCUUAGAGGGACUGAAGUUGCAAGAGAAGAUGCAGCUGGAGAGUUAUGCACCAUAGUAGUACAAGAUGGAGUUGAGCAAGACAAUGGCUCUGAUGUUGCUGCCAUCAGUUCAUGGUAAUGGAAGGUGCAGAGUUGCUGGUUGAGCUGUUGAAUAUUACAGGGAGCUGUUGCCAUGUAAAGCUGAGUUACAGUGAGUUGUGCAAGUGAUGCAGCUGGAGUUGAAUAAGCAGAUGGGAUUUUAAGCUACAGAAGACAUGAGUCUGAGGUUCAGGCAGGAACAAGAUGGAAGCAAGCACUGAAGCUGAAGUUGGUGGUAAUGAAUUGCUACAGUUUCAGAUGGGCUGCGAGCUAAUGGAACUGGUGAAGCGUAGGUGCAGGGAGUGCUAGUGAAUGAAUUGAACUGGUCAGAUGGGAGCUGCAGUGACUAAGAGAUGGGUUCUGGGAGUUCAGUUUGAGUCGAGAAGAACAUGAAUGGCUUGAAGCAGAGUUGCAGGUGGUGCUGGAUUCUAUGUUGGGCUGAGUUGUGUUGGCUGUAAGAAAGAUAUUGAAGUGCAGUUCUCUUGGCUGUGAGAUAAAAAGAUGAUGUUGUUGUGUAUGGAGAAUGAACUGUCAGUUACUUGGAACUGCAAUAUCUACACCACCAUUUCCUGGAAAACAGCAGUAGCUCCUUCUCUUCAUUCCUGCACGGCACCACAGCUUGUGACAGCAGCUCCCAGCUUCUUGUUUUCUCGGCUCGAAACAUUCCAGCAGCAACACCACUAUUGUUUAGACCACCACCACUCAGCUGCAACUUCAAUUCAACUUGUUAUCUCUUCUCAACAGCAUCACCAAUGCAGCACAAGUUGUAGAUGAAUUGGGGAGCUUGCAGGAAUGGGUUUAUGUUGCUGAGAGAAAGGGAUUGCAGUGUGCAAGUGGUGCAUAUGGAGUCCGGAUUGCUGUUUGGAGCAGCAACAGGUGAUGCUCAGAUGGUCAGGUUACAGGAAGUGUUGCUGUGAGUGGAAGUUGGCAGCAAGUGCAAAGCAUUAACAGUUGAGCCAUGGUGUUGGUUGCGCACAAAGGAGUUGGAGGUGAACUGAAAAUCCCCACUUGGAGAGAACUGAAAAGAGAAGAAACAGGCAAGUUGGGUUAACUUUGAGUUCAGUUUACAACCGAGUCAGCAGAGUCGGAUACUGCUGAACGAAAAGCGAUGAACCCGCCCAACUAAAACCCACCCCAAGCAACCGCCUCACUUUUACAAGGGUUUUCUCGACAUUUUGCUGCCACGUUCAGACAAAAAACCGAGGGAGAGGGAAAAGCUGAAGUGUUUGAAUUUCGAAAUUGAGUUCGAAAUUGAAUCCCAUUUCAUCUCUUAAUCUGGCUCUAUUUAAACACAACAUUUCUUCUUUUUUUUGCUUAUUUCAAAUCCCAAUCUUCCCUCUCCAGUCACCGCCUCUCUCUUAUUUUCCAAAAUCCUCUGUUCUCUGUGUUACGCCAUGAACUAUCUACAGUUUCUGGUUCUCCUGAUCUCGAUCUUGUCCAUCACAGCCUCAUAUCACGAUGAUGUUCAUCAGGUUUUUGAUUCUAAGGAUUUGCAAACUACAGAACAGGACGAUUCUCUACGGUCGAUGAGAAACCUGCUUACAUUCAACAUCAGCUGCUUCAGAGGGCUUUUCCCUGAAAAUUACUUCAAUGAUAAAUCUGUUCCUUCUUUAGAGAAGAAGUUCAACAAAGUCAUGCCCAUUGAUGCUGAAUCCAGAAGACUUCUUGACUGGAUGCAAGAAGUUUCAUCUAGCUGUUCGGAUUCUGACAGUGAAGAGGUGAUGAUGAACGGAAGUCGUACUGGAGAUACAAUAAAAGGAGCAACAUUCAAGUCUAAUGGCAAUACAUACAUUACAUCAAAUAUGAUGAGGAGUUCUGCUUGUAAAAUGGUCCGAACUCUGGUUCAAUUGAUGCGAACACUGGACCGUAUGCCAGAAGAGCGUACAAUCUUGAUGAAGCUUCUUUAUUAUGAGGAUGUCACUCCUAUAUACUAUGAGCCUCCAUUCUUCGGAGUCUGCUCAGACCAAGAAGCUAACCAUCCAUGGUUGAAGAACCCUCUCAAAAUGGAAAUCGUAAAUGUUAACUGCGAACAUUUCGUACUAGCUCUCAAGGUCAAAAGCAUUCUGGAUCCAUGUCAAGAUGAAAACAAUGACAUGGAAGAUGAUGAGGAAAUCAGCUUGGGUGUUGAUUCAAACCUAACAACUGAUUCUUCAGAUUCAGAUAGCAAGAUGAGCCAUUCAGCAAAUGAUGAAGACGGGUACAUUGUAGCUCCUGUAGAUAAAGCCCGAUCACAUGAAAACAAUGGCAUUGCGGAUCAUGAAACAACUGAUCCUUCAGAUUCAGAUAACGAGAUGAGCCGCUCAGCAAAUGAUGAUGACGGGUACAUCGUAGCUCCUGAAGAUGAUGCACAUGAUGCAGAAGAGGACGCAGAUCAGUUGACACAUGUAAGAGACUGGAUUAGCUCUCGCCACAUUGACAAUGUUGAACUGACUGAUGUUCUCUCUAGAUUCCCGGACAUAUCAGUGGCCCUGACUGAAGAUGAUGAUGCUAAUGAAGGAGGGCAGGUAGCAGUUAGAGGGGCAGGUGAGCAAGACGGUGGACAGAAUGGGAAUGUUGGAGGGCAGCAGGGAAAUGGUGGAGGAGGACAGCAGGGAAAUGGAAGAGGAGGACAGCAGGGUAAUGGAGGAGGAGGACAAGGGAAUGGUGGAGGUGGAGGAGGCCAGGAUGGGCAUGAUCACACCAGGAUCAUGGAGGAUCGUUGUCCUCAUUGUGAUGAUUUACCUCAUCAAGUAGCUCUGCAUAGUCAUUAUACUCUACCCAAGGGAGAGUGUUACCGUUUGAUUUGUUUGAGGUGUGGAUACAUCUGGACAAGAAAUGUCCAGAUAAUGUAACUUUGUUUUCCUGUUAGAAUCAGUAAUAAGCAACUUUGUAUGAUCUCUAAGAUCUCUUAGCAAAGAUUGUUAUAGUUUCAGGCUUUUCAGGAAACUAAACAGGGAAUUUUUAGAAGCAGUUGUUAAAAAUGACUAUUUUUGAUUG